AUGAAGUUUCUCCUCUUCCUCAGUGUGUGCGUGUGUGGCGCUCUGGCUCAGGCAAAUACUGAAUAUGAUACUUUUGACGAUGAACAAACCAAACCCAGUGUCCUAGAUGCUCGAGGUCACAGGCCUCAAGGUCGUGGGAGCUACACACCUGUCGUUGCUCCACCUCCUGUUCGUGGGCGUGAACGUUACGGACCACGCCCCACUGUGCAAACAGAGAAACAGGUUCAGGAGGAGAAGGAAAUUCCUGACAGUGGGGGAUGCAAACACGUUUCAGAGACCCUGGGUGUACUCUGUCCUACAGGCUGUGAACUGAAAACAGCUUUAGUGAAGCACGAGCAAUAUGUUAAACCUACCGUGGCUCAACUCAAGAGAGAUGUGCAAGCUCUGUCACAGACCUCCAACUCAGUCUACAGAUACGUGGUAGAUUUGACCUCAGAGAUCAGAGAGAGACAGAGAAUCUCUGAUGGUAAUGAUGGCUUGGUUAAUCAGUACACAAAUGACCUGGAGGGCCAGCAUGCAUUUGUGAAAGACACAGUGGAUGUCACAUUUCCAAAAAACAUUAAAAUCCUGCAGGGUGUCCUGGAUAAACUGCGGGAGAAGAUUCAGCGUCUGGAGAAGGCUGUGACUGUACAGAAGGAGAAAUGUACUGAGCCAUGUGUCGUGUCCUGCCCGAUUCCAGUGCCGUCUGGAAAAGACUGUGAGGAUAUUUUCAGGAAUGGAGGAGACACUUCAGAGCUGUAUCUGGUGCGCCCAGAAAGCUCACAAUCACCAUACAAGGUCUACUGUGACCAGACAACCCAGAACGGAGGCUGGCUGCUUAUUCAGAACCGGUUGGAUGGGAGUGUCGACUUCGGCCGGCGAUGGGAUGAUUACAAGAGAGGUUUUGGAAACAUUGCAUUCAACGUUGGGAAAGGUUACUGUGGAACUCCUGGUGAGUAUUGGCUUGGUAAUGACCGCAUCAGUCAGCUCACUAAGACUGGCCCAACUGAGGUCCUGUUCGAGCUGCAGGACUGGGAAGGCACAAAGACAUAUGCUCAGUACCAGCAGUUCACCGUACAAGGUGAGGCCUCGAACUACGUCCUGGCUGUGGAUAAAUAUUCCGGCACGGCAGGAAACACCUUACUCACUGGCGCAACAGAGCUGUUUGGUAUAAACCGCACCAUGACCAUCCACAACGGCGUGAAGUUCAGCACCUAUGACAGAGACAACGACCAAUGGGUACCUGGUGACCCGUCUAAGCAGUGUGCACGAGAAGAUGGCGGUGGAUGGUGGUACAAUGCCUGUCAUUCAGCCAAUCCGAACGGCCGAUACUACUGGGGCGGGGCAUACUCGAAAACUGUGACCAAACACGGAACAGAUGAUGGCAUUGUGUGGCUGAACUGGAAGGGCUCAUGGUACUCACUCAAGACCAUCAGCAUCAAGAUCAGACCCUACUAUGCUCAGAGAUAA